AUGAUUAUUAUCGCGAUCUCUAUGCUGUUGAACCCGAUUUCAAGCGACUUGCGCACCAAGACCCAGACUUCGCCGCCAUGUACUGUCAAGUCGAGCGGACAGCUGGACUUCAGUGACCCUGCAACGGUAAUGCAGUUGACAAAAACGCUGCUCAAGAUCGACUUCCGUCUCAAAAUCGAGUUGCCUGAUGAUCGCUUGUGCCCACCUGUACCCAACAGGCACAACUAUAUCCUGUGGCUGAAGGCUCUCUUGGAUAGCGCCUCUUACAAUGAGCCGGGCGGCAAGCUGUCCGGUCUCGACAUUGGAACAGGCGCAAGUUGUAUCUACCCCCUCCUUGGUUGCACUCAACGUCCUUGGUACUUCAUAGCAACUGACGUCGAUAUAAAGAGCCUAUCAUACGCCAGGAGGAACGUUGGGCUCAACGGCCUUCAGGACCGCAUCAGGAUAGUCCCUCGGCAGCUUACGGAUUCAUUGAUCCCUUUGGAUGAGCUAAAAAUCGAGUCCAUUGACUUCUGCAUGAUCAAUCCACCAUUCUACGUUUCAGAAGACGAGCUAUUAUCGUCGGCAAAGAAGAAGAUCCGACCUCCCAACUCGGCAUGUACGGGCGCACCAGUCGAAAUGGUAUGCGACGGUGGCGAGGUCGCCUUCGUGAGCCGAAUGCUUGAUGAGUCUCUUAUUUUGAAGGAGCGUGUGCGGUGGUACACGUCUAUGUUUGGGAAGGUCUCCAGCCUAGAAGUUCUUUUGGAGAAGCUUCGGGAGAAGGGCAUUGACAACUUCGCCGUCACCGAGUUCGUGCAGGGGAAUAAGACGAGGCGCUGGGCAGUAGGCUGGAGCUUUGGCUCGAUGAGGCCAGCACAAGACGUCGCAAGAGGUAUGAAGGCUGUUGCGUGGAGGAAAGUCCUCCCUGCGCCAGUAGAGGCAGAGAUCCUGGUCCGACCUGUGAAGGGAAACAUUGGCAAGCUUGCAGACAAACUGCAAGAAGUUAUUGGGGCACUCGAGUUGAUCUCUUGGGAGUGGGACAAGGAACGCCUUCGAGGCAUAGGUCGCGCCAAGGAGAAUGUCUGGGGAAGAGCAUGGCGAAGGAAGAAGCUUCAGAAGAAGCCUUCCAACGAGGAUGAACAACCAUCUGAGCCAUCAAGAGAAGAGAUUGAAGCUUGCGCUUUUGGAUUCACCACACAGGAGCGUCUCUCGACCAACACAGUCGGCCUCGUCGCCCUCUCCGACUUUCGGAAACGGCGUGCAGAGGUCCUCGAACAGCAAGAGCGCGAGGCUCGCGAGGCGCAUCUCUCUGGAGCUAAUACACCGGACCGAUCGCAGACCGCGACCCCGAACAACAUCAGUGACGUCGGAGAAGGCGAGAGGCAAGCAAAGAAGAAAAAGAAGAAGGCUAGAGCUCUUGUGUCCUUUGGUGAUGACGAGGAAGACGGCGAGUCGGAAGCCAGCAUAGGGCCGGCUAAGACGGGCAAGAGCAAGGUCAAGAUUGAUGUGUCAAGAGAAGGAAGCACAGAAGCUGGUACGGGAAGCGAUAAAGAAAAGAAGACGGGCAGCAAGAUCACGGCGAAUUCUUCGGUUGGCAUCGUUCCACGAGCUUUGACAAAAGCGGCUCUCCGGCGCGAAGCCGCUGAGCGAGAGGCAUUGCGAAAAGAGUUUCUCGUUCUACAGGCUGCCGUCAAGGCCACCGAGAUUGCCAUUCCGUUUGUGUUCUACGACGGCACCAACAUCCCGGGUGGCGUUGCCCGCGUCAAGAAGGGAGACUUCAUUUGGGUCUUCCUCGACAAGAGCAGAAAAGUCGGUGCUGAGCUGGGUGUUGGUGGAGAGAAGCAUGCAAAUGUCAGGAGAGAAUGGGCCAGGGUUGGCGUUGACGACUUGAUGCUCGUCCGAGGCACGAUGAUCAUUCCUCACCACUAUGAGUUCUAUUUCUUCAUCAUGAACAAAACCCUCGGACCCGGCAAUCAGCCGCUCUUCGACUACAGUGCUGAAGCCCCUGCUUCCAAAGAAGCUAUUGAGGACCCGGGUUCCGCACCUAUCGACCCCCUUUCCACGGCUUCAAAGGGAGGUAUUCAACACACGGUCGAUAUCAAUUCCCUCGAGGGAGCUUCGGAUGAUCCAACCUUCACGAAGGUGGUCGAUCGGCGGUGGUAUGAGCGCAACAAGCACAUAUACCCUGCGAGUGUAUGGCAGGAUUUCGAUCCGGAGAAGGACUACCGCACUGAGGUUCGGCGGGACCCCGGUGGAAAUACGUUCUUCUUCUCGAAGUAA